AUGGCAGAUACAGACUCUCUCAUGAAAAUACAAAGACUAGGCUCACAAUUACCACCAGACUAUGCAAACCAGAGUAAGUUUUUCACUCAUUUCAUUUACAAAGCUGUAUUUUUCACAAUUUUUCUAGUUGUAAUUCCUCUGUUCCCUUUAGAAACUCCUGAAUUUAUCAGCACAACACUUCAAACCAGGAGUUGGGAGCUCCUUCAGAUUACUUUUGUAGGUAUUGCCAUCUCUUAUGGCCUAUUCAGUAAGAGAACCGACGAAACAGAGAAAGAGUACAGCUCGAAAUAUGAUAGUGCACAAUCCUUUAUGUCUAGAUGUCUUCAGGUUUCGUCGGUUUUUGAUGAUGAGACUGAAGGCCAGUAUAAUUUUAAUGACCACAAGGUUCAAACUUGGAAUUCUCAGUACUGCAAGGGUGAGCCAGUGGUUGUAGUAGCUCAACAAAGCUCUGUUCUUGAAGAACAGAGAGGAACCAGCUCUAGAUAUGGCGAAAAGCCGUUGUUUUUGCCAGUUAGGAACUUGAAAUCGCCGUUAGUAGAGUCUGAUGUUAUUGAGUCCACCAAUAGGUCUAGUGUCAAAACUGGUUCUCUUAGAAGGUCUAGUUUAAAUCCGAGUUCAAAUCUUUCUUCAAGCACUUCUACUGAGGAAGAGUUGGAUGGUCCUCCCCUGUAUUCUCUGCCUCCUUCAAUGGAGGAAUCAAGAUCUUUUAGACCCCAAACAUCUUAUUCUCCAACACCAUCAAUAUCUUCAGCAAUGAAGGUAACUCCUUUGCCUUCAUGGCCAAUGGAAACACAAAUCAAGAAUGUUGAAGAUAUGACAAGGAAGAACAAGCUUUAUUACAAGUCUUCAACUCCACCAGCCACUCCACCACCACCACUAUAUAUCCAUAAAUCGCCACUGAUGAAGUCAAAUUCCGGUCUUGAAAACUAUGAGGCCUCUUCUGAGAAGGAACUGAAGCGAAGCGUUUUAAGUGUGCCCAAGGAUUUGAACAGGGCAAGCUCAGGCUCAAAGUCGAGGACAAGAACUCAAAAUGAUGGCUUACUGAUGGCUAGGUCAGUUCGAACAAUUAGAGCUGGUGAGCCAGUUGAUGGCAUGAAUGCAAAGGCAGAGAAGCGAUCAAAAGAAGUCGAAGCAACUGGUGAGUUUUUUCAUGAAAGUGUCCCUGUGGUUUCAAAAUCAACUUUCUCAGAGUAUGGAAUGGAAGAGAAAAGACUUUUUGACAAGGUGGUUGUGGGAACUGAUGAAGAAUCGGAUAGUGAAGCCGGUGACUUUGAAGGAGAUUUGGACAGUGAAGAAGUUGCUUCUAACAAUGUUGGUGAUGGAGGACCAGACGUUGACAAGAAGGCCGAUGAGUUCAUAGCCAAAUUCAGACAUCAAAUUAGGCUUCAGAGGAUUGAUUCAAUCAAGAGAUCGACUACGCAGCUUGCUAGAGAUCCUCUGAGGUGA